AUAAAAUGACAACACCUGGAGUUAAAUGCUUUAAGUUGUGAGCAUCACAAUGAAGCCCUGUAUUAUAUUUCUUACUCUUCUUCUUUCUUUAUUUGUGUACAUUUUCUCUGCUGUAAGGGCGGCUUCACCCUGUUACACAGAUCGACCUGUGCCCAUUUACUACAGUGCGAGCGUCUGUUCUUGUCAUAGAUGGUGGCCAUGGUCUCGACACUGCACCCAUUAUCGCUAUGUUACCCGUGUUUACUAUAAGUACAGCAAGAGGUGUUGUCCCGGAUACACAGGAAGUGAUUGUUCACAGCCUAUUUGCAACUGUCAGCACGGUGGAACUUGUGUAGCUCCAAAUGUUUGUAGGUGUCCUCCCGGAUAUGGAGGAAAUUCGUGCCAAACCCCUUUGUGUAAUCCACAAUGUCGACAUGGUCAUUGUUCAAGACCGAAUCAAUGUACCUGUUAUGGAGGAUAUAAGGGCACUGAUUGUUCUACACCUGACUGUAACCCUCCGUGUCAAAAUGGGGGAUACUGCAGAAAUCCAAACUUUUGUCAAUGUUCUACUCAAUACUCGGGUCCUCACUGCAGACAACCUGUCUGUAAUCCUCCAUGCCUAAACGGUGGAACAUGUGCAUCACCACCAAGUACAUGUCAUUGUAUACUGAGUAAAUACGAAGGUCCCCAGUGUCAAAAGCCAAUAUGCAAUCCACCAUGCGCGAACAAUGGAACCUGUGUAUCACCCUCAACAUGCUCUUGUUUACAGACUUACACGGGUGGACGCUGUGAAAAACCGCUUUGUUCCCACCAUUCGCCAUGCUUUCCUGGGAAUUGCUCUGACACAAUCAACUGUCAGUGUAAUAAUGGAUUUACGGGAGAUAUAAGAAAUAAUCGAUGCAAAACAUUGGAUAUCAAUAAUAUUCCCACCAUCACAAAGGCCUCUGCAUUUUUGGCUAAUAUAGAGAGGACUGGAGAAAAAAGGGAACUGUAUCGGUUCAUGACAGACUCGUCAGAACCAAACUCAACGGAAAUAGACAAAUUGUGGUUAAGUGAGAAAGACUACAAUUACGUGAAUGCUGACUUUACUGCAAUAUAUGUUCCUGAGGGGAAAUAUGAAUUACCAGACUAUGUCGAAAACUAUACGUUUGGGAUAGUUGAAGGGAAAAUGCGGUUAGAUCUGCACAAGGUUGAUAGAAGAGAUCCUGACAACCCAUUUAUAAGCUUAAACAGUUCUAUAUACCAUUGCUCUAAUCAACCUGGAUCUUUAACUCCAAACACGAGUGUAUACGCUUGUAAUAUUACUCAUGAAAACUUUGACAGACUGUUGGAGGAUGGAGAUAAUCUGACGUUGACCGUCAUUGCUGUGAAUGGCGGCUUUAGAAAAUUAGUGGCACCGACCUUUACUGUCAUGGACCCGUUUAUUGGACAACCCGCGGAAAAGUCGAUGAUGUUUCGCUUUGACUUCAGGAAACCGGUACACUGCCUCUUUGAUGAUAAUCCCUGUUCGAAGAUACCGUUCAAUGUCACAAACGAUGUAACAAAAAGUGCAAUAAAGUUUUACUGGGAUGGAUGGGAUGAUGUUCUUUCUGGAAUAGGCCACUACAAAAUUGAAGAGUUUUUUCUACAGCCAAAUCCAAACAAUAAUUUAAAUCUAAACGAACCCGAUCCGUGGAGUCCAAUGAAUGUAUUCACCUUUCUCGAAUCUUCGCGAAACUUUACGCGCGUUCCUGCUCAGCCUGGUAUGUAUUCGUAUAUCUUAAAUGUAAUCGAUAGAGCAAACAAUACACAAUAUGCUAGAUCGUUGGUUUUAUACGACCCCAAGUCUUCAAUAACAACAUAUGAUACGUCACCGAUGAUUGCAACAAGUGCAGCAGAAGAAACAAAUUACAAAUGGCAAAAUAAUCUGACCAAUCCGAUCUCUGUUUCUUGGAAGAGUCAUUUCCGGAACGAUUUUCUUGAAAGCAACAAGCUAUUACGGCCGGUUACACCCUAUAAAUACCAUAAUUUCUAUGUUAACUUUCAAAAGGCUGUGCCGGAUGAUCUAGAGGACAAAGACGGCAAGAGAACACUAAAAGGAAUAACAAAUGCACAUGGGGUAGUAAAGUUCCAGUAUACAUAUCGUCAUUCAAAUCAAGGCAAUGAUCCACCUGAUGAUUGGAAAGACCCAACAGAUAAUUUUAUGUCUCAAACGGCUUCGUUUAAUGUCAUCAAACAAAAUGGCGACUCUCUUAACGUGUGGGUAAAAGCUAUUGACAUUUUAGGCAAUGAAAAGAUUGAUAUGAUGCAAAUAUACUUUGACGAAACGCCCCCUGAUAACUUAGAAGAAAUCAUUUUUAUAAAGAAUAUAGAAAACUCAACGUUUCCUUUUUCAAGUCGAUUAAUUGUCGACACCCGUGAUACUGACAGUGGCAUUUAUGGAAUUAAGUAUAGGUUUACGUCUAACAACACAGGCGCUGUGUUCAAAAGUGAUUUCAUUCCGGGAAAUAAAUCUAACGUAGCACUCUCCUUGAAAGAAGGGUACAUGGACCAAAUGGGGGACUACUUUUACUACAGUCAUUAUCUGGAGGUUGACAAUUGCUGGAUGGUGGUUACUAAAGACGCCUUUAAAAACGAAUUUGUCAAUUUGGAGCUGAUCGUUUACAACAGAGCCUUAGUAUCAACCAGAAGGACCUAUAUGAUUACCGACCUUGGAUCCCUUAACGGAAUCGAUGAAUACUCUGGGCCAACGAACCUGCAUGUUGAAACAACGUAUUCUAACGCUGUUCGCUUGAGGUGGACUGUAUCACCAACCUGCUACGAAAAGACAAAAAUUACGGUAUCCGGUGUAUCUAAAGACGGGAAAAGAUUUUUGCGAUCUAUACACAGGGACAGAGAUUAUUUGGACGUAAACGGACUGGAAGCGGAAACGACCUAUAAUUUGUCAUUUGUUACAGAAUAUGGUGAUCAAAAAAGUGACCCGAUAUUUUUAACUUUCCAUACAAUAGAAUCACCGGCUGCUUUGACAGCAGGUGGAAUAGCUGGAAUAUCCACAGUAAUAGUUUUCUUACUGGCGAUCAUUAUUGCUGGAGUAAUAAUGUGGAGGACAGGGCGGCUGUCAGUUGCAAAACAGGGAAUGCAAAGAAGAAUGACUGUCGUCCGGAACAGGAUCCAACAACAAAUAUCGUCUCGUUUAGUACCAUAUGAGGAUCAAGAUGAUAUAUACCUUUAUGGUCAGAUGGAGGUGAAUAAGUCAGAUGACUGGGUCAUCCCACAUGUAUGUAUUGUGCUCGAGUCCCUUUUUACAAGUGGAAAGUUUGCAGAUAUAUAUAAAAUAAGAUAUCAACCAAAGAAGAGUGAUUCUGGAAGGAAUGCCUUUGUGGCGAAAGUUUUGAAAUCUGGUGCCUCCGAAGAAGAUCGAAUAAGUAUGCGAGCAAAGAUAAAUUUCUAUGCUUCAAAAGUUGGAGAACAUCCUAACAUUUUACAUUUUAUGGGAGCAGUGUUUGAUGACGAAACACUUGGGCCAUACAUGGUCCUUGAAUUUUGUGAAGUUGGCCAGCUCAACUCUUGGUUACAACAACAAAAGAAUACAGCGAACGAAGAAACAUCGGAACAGCUUUGCAGAAUAUGCUACGGAAUAUGUAAAGGAAUGCUGCAUUUAGAGAGUAGAAAGCUGGUACACAGGAGACUAGCAGCUAGGAAUGUUCUUUUAACCAGUGAACUGGAGCCUAAAAUUUACGGAUUUUGUCCUCAGCAACAGGAAGCUGAAGGUGAAAACAAAGAUGAUGAUGGUGAUGUUAAGGAAGAUAAGAGUCGUAUACCUGUGAAAUGGACAGCUCCAGAGUGCUUGGUAACGAUGAAACACGCCACACCAAAAAGUGAUGUCUGGUCUUUUGGAGUAGUUCUAUGGGAGAUAUUUAGUUUUGGAGAAAUUCCUUAUCCAAGUAUUCGGAGCAGAGAUGUACAGGCUUAUCUACGAAACGGAAAUCGAAUGGAUAAACCCGAAUUUGCUAAUGAUUUCUUUUACGACAUAAUGAAGCAAUGCUGGAAAAUGAAGCCAAAACAACGCCCAUCUUUCCGCGACAUGACAGCUGACAUUGGGAAAACCUUCAACUCUGCACCAUCCGACGAUUUCUAUUACUACUCGGAGAAACACUGAUUGUUUACAGUAGUCACGUGAUUUCAGUACUUCUUGUUAUUGGCCUUGUGUAGAAACUGCAGGCAUCAAACUCUUUAGUUUUGCUUCUUUUUUUUAAUUUACGCGAAUACGUUUUAAUGAAUUGUUUUAUAUGUAUUUAGAUUUUAUGUACAAUAUCUGAUCGUAUACAGUCAAAUGGACGAUACAAAAGUACAUGCCUAAUAGAGAUAUUAUUGACCUUCCAUUUACAAUUAUUACGGAAAGAUCGAAGCACUUGAAAAAAUUCAGAAAUUGCCUCCAUGAUUUACUUAGUUUUUACCAGUUUUUAUAGAAUUAAAAUAUAUUUGCCUUUAGAAAUACAUGUUAUAAAAUUUCCAGCUAUUCAAUUUACUCUCAACUAAACUAGAUUAGAACAGUUUACACAAACCGCUACACAAUGGAUAGCUAUUAUUUGUUCGUGAUAAUUUGAUUUCUUUUCUGCUAUUAGUUUGAAAAGUAAGACAAUUUAAUUGACCUUUAAAAUGUUGUUCAAUUUUUAAAACUACAAAUGUUUUAUUAUUUUAUUAUUACAGCUUCAUUAUAUAACAUUUAUCAGCAUGUAUCUACUUAAUUGCAAAUUAAAAUGAUAUAAUUUUAUUUUAUUUUUUUUUGUUUUGUAUU